CAACGACAACCUGACUUUUUAUCUAGUCUUGGCUCUGGCUGUGGUUUCGUUUCUCUUUAUCGUGUCUAUCAUCGCCAUACUGUCAGUUAAAUGCUACAGAUGGAGACGCGAGCGGAUGUUUUACGAAUCUGGAGCGAAUCUCCCAGUUAUUCCGUAUUAUCCACCCCUUUACGCAGACGGAACAGGGACUUUAAAGCAAGUGUUUAAUUACGAGAUGUGCGGAACGUCUGACUCCAGAAAGAGUGAUCUAAAAUUUGUGCGGCCCUGCAGUGAGAGCAUCGUUAGUCUGGACGCAGGAGGAACGCAGACACUGCAAUACAUGCAGGAGAAUAAAGACAUAUGCAGAGAGGUUUGCUGUUUGCGCCUGGCUCCAUCAAUGUCAUAUUCAAAACGCACUCAGGAAAAUUAUAUUGCCGUUCUAAAACUGAACCCUAAGCGUCGCUGUUGUUUGAUGGGGUUGAUAUUUCUGGUUUAAUUCAUGAUACACGCCUUCGCUUAUCCAGACCAUUCGCGCAUGUAAGGCUUGUAUACCGCUAGUACAAAGAGUGCGCACAGCAAAAUCUGAAUGAGGCUUCUAACUAUAUCCUUGCUUUAGUUCAUUUUUCGUACUUCAAAAUUAUAUAUUUAAAGACCUUUAUACAUCAAUUUUAAGAGGAAAAUCGACGCUCAGCAUGAGAAGACCGAAUUGUAAUUAUGUAUGGCAGUCGUGUGUGCUACUGUUCUGUGGCCAUUUCCUCUAUAGCGUGGACGGGCAGGUCCGUUAUUCCGUGCCAGAGGAGAUGGCGCCUGGCUCAUUCGUCGGGGAUAUCAUUAAAGAUCUGGGUCUUGAUCCUAAAAGGCUGACGACGGGUAAAGCACGAAUCUUUUCAGCCGGUGGCCGGGAAUAUGUCGAGCUGGACCGAGAAAAGGGGCACAUCGUCAUUAAGGAGAGAAUUGACCGGGAGCUUUUGUGCGCUGGUGCUGCAUCUGCAUGCAGCCUGAGCUUUGAAGUCAUCUUAGAAAAUCCUAUCGAGCUCUAUCGCAUCACCGUAGAAAUUCUAGAUGUUAACGACAACAGUCCUGCAUUUACAAGAGGUGAAAUUACAUUAGAGAUCAGCGAGUCUGCUUCAACCGGAGCGCGCUUUAACGUGGACAGCGCAGUUGAUCCUGACGUUGGCAUUAAUAGUAUCCAAAGUUACUCAGUUCACCCGACGAAUCAUUUUACUUUAAAGACACAAAGUCGGUCAGGCAGCGGUAAAAACGUCGAGCUUGUUUUGCAAACGCCUUUAGACAGAGAAAAACAGGAACAUUUGUAUUUAACCAUAACUGCAACAGACGGAGGAAAUCCGAAACGCUCCGGCACGGUAAAAAUCCAUAUUAUUGUUUUAGAUAUAAAUGACAACGCACCUGUGUUGCAAAAGGACACAUACAGAAUAUCUGUACCCGAAAACACUGCAAAGGGAUCGUUACUGGUUAUUGUUAAUGCAACUGAUGCAGAUACAAUCUCAAAUGGACAAACUGGUUAUUAUGUCGAACACACCACUCCCAAAAUUCGAGACUUGUUCUCUGUCGAUCCCUCCAGUGGUGAAAUAAGGCUGAUUGGUGACCUCGAUUUUGAAGAAUCUGCUAUUUAUGAGUUUAAAAUUCAAGCUAAAGAUCAGGGGGGGUUAUCUGACUCCUCUGAUGUGAUAGUCGAGGUUACAGACGUAAAUGAUAAUGCACCAAAAAUGACGCUCAUGUCUUUUUCAAAUGCAAUACCCGAAAAUUCACCGCCUGGUACCGUUGUAGCUAUGAUAAAUAUACAAGAUAGCGACUCUGAAGAAAAUGGAAAGGUUAUCUGUUCCAUCGACAGAAGCCUCCCAUUCAAAAUCGACUCCUCGUUGACUAAUUAUUACAGUAUAGUCACUGACUCCGAGCUGGACAGAGAGGAUACAGGAGAAUAUAACAUCACCGUAACAGCUACAGAUAGUGGCCGUCCGCCUUUGUUUAGUAAAAAGACGCUGAACGUCAAGAUCACCGAUGUAAAUGAUCACGCACCUCAGUUUGAGCAGGAAUUGUAUAAUGCGUAUGUGAUGGAGAAUAAUUCCCCAUCUCUAUCUUUGUUCAGUGUAAAAGCGCACGACGCAGAUUUGGGUGCGAACGCGCGGGUCUCCUACUUUAUUUCUGAUAACGAUUUCAAUGGCACACCAGUUUCAUCCUUAGUUUCUAUAAACUCUGAUAGUGGAGCCGUUUAUGCAACGAAAUCCUUUGAUUACGAGCAAUUAAAAUCGUUUACGAUCAUAGUCAAAGCGCAAGAUGGAGGAUCACCUCCUCUCAGCAGCAACGCGAGUGUGAAAAUAAUCAUUCAGGACCAGAAUGACAACGCGCCUCAGGUUCUGUAUCCGGUCCAGUCUGGUGGUUCUGUGGUGGCUGAAAUAGUGCCUCGUUCGGCAGAUGUGGGUUAUCUGGUCACUAAAGUGGUCGCUGUUGAUGUGGACUCUGGACAGAAUGCCUGGCUCUCAUAUAAACUGCAGAAAGCCACAGACAGGGCGCUGUUUGAAGUGGGUUUACAGAAUGGAGAAAUAAGAACUGUGCGCCAGGUGACAGAUAAAGAUGCUGUGAAACAAAGACUCGCUGUUGUAGUGGAGGACAACGGACAGCCCUCUCGUUCAGCUACAGUCAAUGUUAACGUGGCGCUGGCGGACAGCUUCCCUGAAGUGCUCUCGGAGUUCACUGACUUUACGCACGACAAGGAAUACAACGACAACCUGACUUUUUAUCUAGUCUUGGCUCUGGCU